AUGCAAUCAUCCACCUACAAACGACGAAAAUAUUGUACUGAAGAAAUAAAUGAAUUGACUAAAAAUAAUAUUCAAGCAGCAGCUGAUGUGAAUGUUGAUUUUAACAAAUGUAUGAAUGCAACAAUUUUUCAAUGGAUGAAAAACUAUGAUGAAAUAACAAGUGGUCAACCAUUAACUUUAUAUUAUGCACUUAUGUCUACGGUCGCACAUAUAUCAAUCCAGAGUAAUGUUUUACAAUGGAACGAUAUUCCGCGUCAUUUGAAUAUAUAUGGACUAAUCGUAGGAAAUUCAGGUAUCGUUCGUUAA